UGAGAUGCUGCUGGGAGAAGAACCCAGUCCAGCAGCCAUCAGAGGACCCUCAUCAUCAUCAGCACCACCAUCAUCAUCAUGGGGAACUGUUUAGACAUCUUGAGGAAUUUCUUUUGUACAAAGAACCCCAACGUGCGUAUUAGUUUGCCAGCCGUGUGUUUUGUGUGGCAGAUUGCAAUGAUCGUGCUGUUUGGAGUUUUCAUCCGCUACGAUGAGGAGUCAGACACCGGACGCUGGCUGGAACUCAAGAAGCACGAGAACAUCACCAGCGAUGUGGAGAACGACUUCUACUUCAGAUAUCCCAGCUUCCAGGACGUCCACGUCAUGAUCUUUGUGGGCUUCGGUUUCCUCAUGACUUUCCUGAAACGCUACAGCUUCGGCGCCGUGGGCUUCAACUUUCUGAUCGCCUCCUUCGGUCUGCAGUGGGCUCUUCUCAUGCAGGGCUGGUUCCACUCGCUCGACCACACCACUGGAAAAAUCUAUAUUGGAGUUGAAAGUCUAAUCAACGCCGACUUCUGCUGUGCCGGCUGUCUGAUCGCCUACGGCGCUCUCCUGGGCAAAGUCAGCCCUGUCCAGUUAAUGGUCGUCACCUUAUUUGGCAUCACGCUGUUUGCUGUGGAGGAAUACAUCAUCCUCAGUCUGCUUCAUUGCAGAGAUGCUGGUGGCUCUAUGGUCAUCCACGCCUUCGGAGGAUAUUAUGGGUUGGCCAUCUCCUGGGUUCUAUAUCGACCAAAGCUGCACCAAAGCAGUCGCCUCAACGGCUCCGUCUACCACUCUGAUAUGUUUGCGAUGAUCGGUACUCUGUUCCUGUGGAUGUACUGGCCCAGUUUCAACUCGGCCAUCACGGACCACGGCGACGGACAGCACCGAGCAGCCAUCAACACCUACCUCGCCCUGGCCUCCUCUGUGCUCACCACUGUGGCCAUCUCCAGCAUGUCUAAGAAGAAAGGGAAACUAGACAUGGUGCAUAUUCAGAAUGCCACUCUGGCCGGUGGCGUUGCCAUGGGGACAUCCGCAGAGUUCAUGAUCACUCCUUAUGGUUCGCUCAUCGUGGGUUUCGCCUGCGGCAUCAUCUCCACCUUCGGUUACCUGUUUGUCACGCCUUUCUUAGAAAAAUAUCUCAAGCUCCAGGACACGUGUGGUAUCCACAACCUGCACGCGCUGCCUGGGAUGCUCGGUGGCUUCAUAGGUGCCAUUGUUGCUGCAUCAGCCACAGAAGCUGUUUAUAGUAAAGAGGGGUUGAUCAACACGUUUGACUUUGAAGGGAAGUUCGCAAACAGAACUGUUGGAACACAGGGAGGCUACCAGGCUGCCGGCACAUGUGUGUCGAUCGCAUUCGGAAUUGUUGGGGGUGCAUGUGUUGGUUUAGUCCUGAGGUUGCCGAUCUGGGGCGACCCUGCUGAUGACAACUGCUUUGAUGAUGAAGUGUACUGGGAGGUGCCUGAGGAAGAGGAGUCCAUCCAUCCCAUUCUGGAGUACAACAACCACAUGGUUCACAAACACCAGGACAUAUCCGAGUCAAACUUCUCUGUGGAGCAGAGUUAGAGCAGCAGAGCAGGAGAUCAACCCCCAUCGUCUUCAUGUCACUAUGAACUAACUGUGAAACAACAACACACUGAAUAAUGACGGAGCCUGCCACUAGAAAACAACAAGAGGCUCCACAUUCAAUGGCAAUCACCACACAAUCAGUCUGGUUUUUGUCCUGUUAAAUCGGUUGAAAAUGAGAUUUUAAGUUGUAAUUAUUUUAUUGUGAACUUUUCUUGAAUCUAAGAAGAUGUGUUUGGUUUGUGUAGCGCAGGGACGAACUGAGACGUUGGAGAUGCAUGCCUCUCGGUUUUGAAACACCUGCGGAAUUAAUUCAUCUAAUCAUUGAUAACGUCACAAAGAGCGAAUCUCUCUCUUUCAAAGGACUGUGCAAAAGGUCUCAGGUCGCCAUCAAAUUUGUUGUUUUUGUGUCAAAUUCUGUGAUUAUUGGCAUUAUGGAUUGGAAUGAUGUGACUGAAAGUUGUCCAUGAGUUGAACUCAUACGACACGUGUAUGUAAGGCUGUAGAAGCUGAUAUAUUUUCUGGAAGAAAAAAAAAAAAUCAUCAUUUUACCCCAUAUUUUUUCUGGAUGAGUCCCAAUAAAGCGAUUGAGAAAUAAUAACGAUAGUGUAUGGUCAUUAAAUCACUGCUUAAACAACAACAAAUCUAAUAUUGGCCUGAGACUUUUGCACAGUGCUGUAUAGAUCUUUGUAAGUUGUGUGUAUAGAUUAUUUUAUACCGAGUUUGUCGCCUGAUUGGAUUGUUGUCGAGAUCCACAUUUGGAGUAACUAUGGUAACCAUGAUGCAACCGUCUCCAGUCUGCGGGACAUAGUGACAUAAUCUGCUCGGUGCGCCGUAGUUUCGGUUUGGAAAAAGACAGAAAGCCAAAUGUCAAAUUUAACUUGAAAUGAAACAAUAAAGUCAUAUAAUAUGUAA